AUAUACGCCAUUUUGCCAUUACAGAAAAGUGCAUUAUCUUUCGUCAACAAUGUUCGUGAAGUGAAAUGUUUGCUAAUUAAUUACAGUGAUAUGAAGUGUAAGUGGUUUUUAAAGCCCCCAAAAAAAUACUAGGACGAUGGAGGAAUCUAACGAGGACCAUAGGGUCGUUCCAGAGCUCUACUUUCUGAUAGCGAAGUUUCUCUCCGGGGGACCUCUGAAGGAAACUGCAAAGACUCUACUAAAAGAGCUCGAGAGUGUCGAGGUGCUGCCUCGGCGGCUGGACUGGGAGGGCAACGAGCACGCCCAAUCUUAUGAUGAAUUGGCAUCAAAAUACAACGACGUGCCAUGGUCGCGUCUGCCUUCAGUCUGCGAGCGAGCGUUACGCCUCGCGCGCUUCGCUCCCUCCGCGGGGCCUUCCACUUGCGCCUCGCCCGCCCCGGACGACGGCGCGGGGUCGACUGCGACCACCUCGACGACUCCGUCGAACGCGGUCGUGCCCGCCAUAACAAUGUCCGUCACCACUACAGAGCAGCUGCAGAGGCUGACAGCCCGGCUGUCUCUGUUGAGCGAGUCGCUCGUGCGGUCGAAAGCUAAGUAUUCGUGGUACAAGCAGGAUCACACUCUGGUCCGGCGCCUAGCGACCCGGGAGCUAGGCAACGGUCCGGCGGCGGCGGCCGGCGGUCCGGGCGGGCGCGCCGUGUUCCCGUACCGGAUGCUGUCCGGGCUGAAGCUGCAGCGCCGGACGCUGGGCCACCUGUCCGCCGUCUACUGCCUGCUGUUCGACUGCACCGGCCGAUACGUCAUCACCGGGGCUGACGACUUGCUAGUUAAGGUUUGGAGUGCGAUAGACGGGCGCCUGCUGGCCACGCUGCGCGGCGCGGGCGCUGAGAUCACGGACGUGUGCGCCAGCGCGGACGGCGCGCUGCUCGCCUGCGGCUCCGUCGAGCGGCUCGUCCGCGUCUGGUGCCUGCAGACCGGAGCCCCGCGCGCCGUGCUGGCCGCGCACGCGGGCACCAUCACGUCCGUGCACUGGGCGCCGCCCGCGCACAAGGACCUGCGCUGGCUCGCCUCCACCUCCACGGACGGCAGCGUGGCGUUCUGGACGUGCUCCCCGCAGGGCCAGUUCCUCAGCCAGCCGGUCCAAUACGUGGAGCGCAUGCGACCAGGCGCGUGUCACAUGAUCUGCGCCGCGUGGUCCUCUGGCGGGGGGUUCCUCGCCAGCGGCAGCGCGGACCACCAUGUGCGCGUGUACAGUGUGCAGCGGGACGAGGGGCCCGCCAGGGUGCUGGAGGUGGCUGUCCACACGGACGCGGUGGACAGCAUCUCGUGGGCGCGGCGCGGUCUCAGGUUCGUGUCCGGCAGCAAGGACGGCAGCGCCUGCGUGUGGACGCUGCACGCCACUCAGUGGCGCCACACGCGGCUCACUCCCGACCCCGACGGCCGCCACACCAAGCGGCUCAAGGUGACGAUGGUGUGCUGGGACUGCAGCGACGCGUACAUCCUGACGGCGGUGUCCGACCUCACGGUGCGCGUGUGGUGCUCCUCCAGCGGGGCGCUGCUGCGGGCGCUGCGCGGACACAGCGACGAGGCUUACGUGCUGGAGGCGCACCCGUUCCUGCCGGCGGUGUUCCUGUCGGCCGGCCACGACGGGCAGCUGUUCGUGUGGCACGCCGCCUCCGGGGAGAAGCUGGCCAGCUUCCACAACCAGAUCGAGGGCCAAGGAUCCGGUGCGAUAUUUGACGCGAAAUGGGGCUGCGGGGACCGGGUGGCCGCGUCCGACAGCCACGGGCACCUGCUGCUGCUGGGGCUGGCGGCGGGCCACAAGCUGCUCACCACGCUGCCUACCGAGCUCUUCUUCCACACUGACUACAGACCGCUGUCCCGCGACGCGCUGGGCGGCGCGCUGGACGAGCAGACGGAGACGCCGCCGCACCUCAUGCCGCCGCCCUUCCUCGUGGACGUCGAGGGCGCUCCCCACCCGCCGGAGCUGCAGCGCCUGGUGCCCGGGCGGGAGAACCUGUCGCUGCCGCAGCUGAUCCCGGCGGCGGACGCGGCCCGCUCCCGCCUCGACGCCAUGAUCCUGGCGCUCGCCGGGGACUCCGACAGGCCCGCCGCGGGCGGCGUGUGGCGCGGGGAGGGCGUGCGCCACACGGCGGGCAGCUGGCAGCGCGGCGACCCGCUGCUGGUGCCGCCCAGCGCGCGGCCCAUCCUGCCGCCGCUGCCCGCCGCGCAGCGCCGCGCCGUCGAGGACGCCGCGGCCGAGAGGCACGCCGCCGAGGAAGCCUGGUGGAAGCGCGAGAUGCGGCGCCGGCCGCUCAUGAUCAGCACGCAGCAGCCGGGCGAGCCGAACGGCCCCCGGCGCCGCGCCGGACGGCGGCCGGGAGCCACCGCGCCGCCGCCGCGCCGCCGCCCGCCGCCCGCGCCGCCCGCGCGCUCCGACAGCGACGCGGCGCUCUCCGACAGCGACCCGCGCCACUCCAGCGUGGAGCUCAGCGACAUCACCAGAGUAUCGACUCGAGCGCCGCCCGCGCGCUCCGACAGCGACGCGGCGCUCUCCGACAGCGACCCGCGCCACUCCAGCGUGGAGCUCAGCGACGACACCAGAGUAUCGACUCGAGCGCCGCCCGCGCGCUCCGACAGCGACGCGGCGCUCUCCGACAGCGACCCGCGCCACUCCAGCGUGGAGCUCAGCGACGACACCAGAGUAUCGACUCGAGCGCCGCCCGCGCGCUCCGACAGCGACGCGGCGCUCUCCGACAGCGACCCGCGCCACUCCAGCGUGGAGCUCAGCGACAUCACCAGAGUAUCGACUCGAGCGCCGCCCGCGCGCUCCGACAGCGACGCGGCGCUCUCCGACAGCGACCCGCGCCACUCCAGCGUGGAGCUCAGCGACGUCACCAGGUGGGCGCCGACUCACUCACUGACUGACUGCCCACCUUACAUAUCGACUCGAGCGCCGCCCGCGCGCUCCGACAGCGACGCGGCGCUCUCCGACAGCGACCCGCGCCACUCCAGCGUGGAGCUCAGCGACGUCACCAGGACUGCCCACCUUACAGUAUCGACUCGAGCGCCGCCCGCGCGCUCCGACAGCGACGCGGCGCUCUCCGACAGCGACCCGCGCCACUCCAGCGUGGAGCUCAGCGACGUCACCAGUUCGUCAUCGUCUCAGUACUCGGACUGGGAAGCCGGUGCCGCACUAGCGCCGCCAGCGCGCGCCAGGCGGAAACCUCAGGCAACUCACAGAUACAGCCCCCCGGCGAGUACCAGCAAGCGGGUGACGUCAUCGUCUCGAGCCAACGCCUCUCCCCCCGCCACCGCCGCCUCCCCCGCCGCCGACAGGCUCUCCGCAGGCGGGGAGUCCCCGGCUAGAGUGGCCGAGGAGCUCCCGGAGGUGUACCGGCCCGGCGAGUGGAUCACGGCGGUGGUGCCGCGCAAGGCCCCGUACCACCCGCAGAUGGGCGACGAGUGCCUGUACUUCCGCCUCGGCCACCAGCGGUACUUCGAGGCCGUCGCCGAGAAGCAGCUGUACAAGAUCAACCCGCGCGACAAGCCCUGGGAGCGCACCGUGGUGCACGACUGCGAGCUGGUCAAGGUGGUGGGCAUGAAGUACGUGAUCAAGCCGCCGCGCAUCGUGUGCCUGAAGCUGGCGGCGGGCGGCGUGCGCGCGCGCAGCUUCACGGUGCGCUACCACGACAUGCCCGACGUCAUCGACUUCCUGGUGCUGCGCCAGCAGUACGCCGCCGCCGUGCGCCGCCGCUGGGCGCCCGCCGACCGCUUCCGCUGCCUCAUCGACGACUGCUGGUGGACGGGCACAGUGCUGGAGCGCUCGGGCCCCGCGCCGCCGCCCGCGGACGCGCCGUGGGACGCCGCGCACGCCGCGCAGGCCGCCGCGCAGUUCCUGUGUCUGCGCGUGCGCUGGGACAACGGGGAGGUGGAGCGUCUCUCGCCCUGGGACCUGGAGCCGCUGGACGAGGCGCGGCUGCCGAAGACCCCGGGCGGCGCCGUGCCCGUGCUGCCCGACGAGCUGCGCGCGCUGCUGUACCGCCCGCAGCCGCACGAGUGGGCCGCGCCCGCCGCCUGCCGCGAGCUCGCCGCGCUCGUGUCUCAGGUGAUGACGCUGGCGGUGGCCGAGCCGUUCGUGGCGCCCGUGGACCUCGCGCGGUACCCGUCCUACGCCAAGAUCGUGGCCUACCCCAUAGACCUCGCCACCAUCAGGUCGCGCUGCGAGAACCAGUUCUACCGGCGCGCGGCCGCGCUGCAGUUCGACAUCCGCUACCUGGCCACCAACGCGGAGACGUACAACGAGCCGCGCGCGCGCAUCGUGCGCGCCGCGCGCCUGCUCACCGAGCUGCUGCUGCGCGUGGUGCGGCGCGGGCCCGCCGCCGACGUGCUGGCCGCCUACCGCCAGCUGUGCGCCGGCUACCGCUCCUCCGCCGGCGACGGCGACGACGGCAGCGGAUCGGGCGGGGGCGGGGGCGGGGAGCCGUCGUGGCGCGCGUUCUGCGGCGGCGUGCUGCGCGAGCUGUGCGCCAGCGCCGACUCCGAGCCCUUCCUGCAGCCCGUGCGCCCGGAGGUGGCGCCCGACUACAGGAGCAUAGUGAGCGAGCCCAUGGACCUGGGCACGGUGCGCGCGAAGCUGACGGCGGGCCGCUACAGCGGGCCGUCGCAGUUCUGCCGCGACGUGCGCCGCGUGUUCCUCAACAGCCGCCUCUACAACACCAACAAGCGCAGCCGGAUAUACUCGAUGACCGUCCGUCUGUCAUCUUUAUUCGAGGCGCUCUGGGCGAACAAGCCGACCACACGCACGCACAGGCCGCGCAGACGGCGCAGGCCCGCCGCCAGCUACAGGGAUGACAUGUCCGGCUCGGCGUCCCCCGCGCGCCCGUCCCGCGGCCGCUCGUCAUCAUCAUCAUCGUCAUCAUCAUCAUCGUCGGAGCCGCUGCUGAGCGCCAGCCGGCGCGCGCUGGCCGCCCGCGCCGCGCUCACCCGCGACUCCGACAGCGACGCGCCGCUCUACAGCGCUAAAGGCAAAGGCAUUGGCAAGAAGAGCAAAAGCGGCAGCGGCAGCGCCGAGCCCGCGGCGGGCGGCAGCCGCGACCGCUCGCACCUAUCGUACGCGUCGUCGCCGGAAAACGCGCACCAACAGUCGGCGUCGGACGGCGCGCCGCCCUCGCGCCCCAGCUCCUCCGACACCUCCGACACCGACGCCUCGCCGUACGAGGACCGACACGACGCGCGGACUCCGAAACACGACCGUCGGAAACGUCGCCGCGUGUCGUCGAGCGAGUCCGCCAGCGACGACGACCGGGGCCUCAUCGCCAACAAACGCGCCCGCGAGAGGGCGGUGUCGUCGUGGUCGUCGUCGGGCUCCGGCUCGGGCUCGGGCUCCGGCGGGCCGGGCGCGGCGCGGCGCUACGAGUCGGACGCCGAGUACCGGCCGCGCUACUCCAGCGACGACGACGCGCCGCUGCUGCUCAUCAGACAACGCCAGCAGAACGCGCACGCGUCUACUUCAGACGGCGCCGGGCCCUCGCACCGCCGCCGGCGGAAACCUGCGGUGUCGCUGCGCGCGCGGGGCUCCCCGCGGCGCUACAACGAGGACAGCGACGAGGACUCCGCGCUCGCCAUCAGCAAGCGGCUGCAGCACCCGCCCGCCCACCACGCGCAGCUCCGGGAGCGGCACGCUCAGGCGCUGUCGGCGGCGACCAACGAUCAUAAUUAUUUCAACGGCUAUAAUGGCGCGGCGGCGGGCCCGAGCGCGCCGCUGUCCAUCUCGUCGCGCGGGCGCGUGCGCCGCCUCACGGCCAAGGCGCGCGGCCUGCUGCGCGACUGAGCGCCGCCCCGGGGUGUCGUCGACGGCGACUGAGGUAUGAAGCCGUACAGCUGCACGUGGACUGUCAGUCUUUUCGAGAUUGUGUCGGCCCUGUCUACCUCGCAAGGGACGUAGACGUGGCAAUGUAUUACAACAGAACAGGAUUAGUGAAAAAAUUGAUAUCAGAAGGACUGUUG